AUGAUGAACGAUGCCGCAGUGUGCCAGUCGAUUGAUCUCCCUCCAGACACAAUUGAUUUCGCUCAUCGAAUGUUCGAUGCAGCUCGGAACGGCGAGACAGAGCUCUUGACCCAGGCUUUGAAUGCAGGUCUCCCCGCAAAUCUCACCAAUGAGAAAGGAAACACGUUGCUUAUGCUGGCGGCCUACAGCGGCCGUGCACCUUUGGUUCAAGGACUCCUUACCAAAGGUGCUGAUCCUAACAGAAUCAACGAUCAAGGUCAAUCACCUAUUGCAGGCGCCGUUUUCAAGGGAGAAGACGAGGUUGUGCGCAUUCUCGUCAAUGGAGGUGCCGAUCCUCGACUGGGCACCCCGACCGCCAUACAGACGGCACGAAUGUUUGCCAAGAAGGAUCUGCUGACCGUUCUCGGUGCAACGGAGGAGGAUAUGAAAGACGAUAUGCCCACGCCUUCCGGCCUUCCAACCUGA